AUGAAGGACUUCCUGAAAACUGGUUGGCAACUCUGGGUCAGCCUGAAUGCGAAAGUUGAUGACCUUGCCAUCCAAUUCCUCGAUGAACUUGUGUUCUCUCAAUAUGCCGACGAGUUCAUAGAUUCUUAUGAUCCCAGCGUUAUUGGUUCGUCUUUGGGUUCUGCUAGGCUUGGCUUCCUUCCGGACGAGCUUCUCCUAGCUAUAUUUACCCAUUUUGUCAUGGAUUGCAACUCUCCAUGGCACUUGACGCUCGUUUGUCGUCGCUGGAGGGCGCUUGCUCUCGGGGCGGCUGCGCUUUGGACGGACAUUACCCUGAGCGACUCGCCUCCCAGCAACGCGCACGGUAUCGAUGUAUGGAGAAUACACCAUCGUAUCAGAUUGGUGUCUCGGGGAUCUACUACAGUUUGCGAGACCCCACCGGUGUUUGAGGAUGCUCUCAAGCGAGCGCGCUCUGCACCUCUUCGGCUGGCGGUCAGAUUAAGCCAACAAAAUAUCAAUGAUCUCAAGAACUGGUAUUCCGUUCUUGCACAGUCCAAGGGCGUCUCCGUUCGAACUCUCGAGUUUGACACGAGCCCCUUUGGUGUAGGCUUCCUCACCGCACUCUGCCAGUCCGUGGAAGUCCGCAAUCUCGAGCAAGUCGUUACGUAUGCUCCGCGGGGACUACCCCCACUGUUGAUCACCGCGUUGCAAACGGGACAACGACUGACUAGCCUUAACGUUCCAUUCGAACUCUUCCUCCGUCUGGAUCGUGAUGACGUAGGGCUUCAUUUGCGCCUGAAGGAGCUUGCUACUGGCUUUCCUGCCCGUAACCUAGCAGACUUUGACAACGUCAUAUCCAAGUAUCAAAAGCUGCACCGGUUACGGAUCCCCUUUGGAAUUUGGCCGGGUUGUCGAUCACCGCAUAUCAAGCUUCCCCUACUAGAAACGCUGUCCACCCAGUGUUCGCCGUGUCAUCUGGGCAAGGUCGACUUUCCCGUACUUCAAACCUUCUUCAUUACUAUCAACGACAGGGAGUGCUUGUGUCGUUAUCAAGCGACAGCGAGCUAUUGCUUUCCAUGUUUGACCGAGUUGAACAUCGUUCCGACGCAGGAAACAGACACGGCUUGGAUACGGGAUAUGAAGGUUCCCCUCUCUUGA